AUGGCACUAGCCCAGGAUCUGUAUGGCGUCCCAGCCUCCAAGCUGGACUCCUUCGUGACUCAGUGGCUGCAGCCCAGCCGGGAAUGGAAGGAAGAGGUGCUGGAGGCCGUGCGGGCUGUAGAGCGGUUCCUGAGACAGGAAUGCUUCCAGGGAGAGCAGGUCCUGGGCCAGGAGGUGCAGGUGCUGAAGGUGGUCAAGGUGGGCUCCUUCGGGAACGGCACAGUGCUCAGGAAUAUCACGGACGUGGAGCUCGUGGUGUUUUUGAGCUGCUUUCAUAGCUUCCAGGAAGAAGCCAAGUACCACCAAGCCAUUCUGAGACUGAUGUGGAAAAAUGUAUGGCGUUGCCAGGACCUGCUGGCCCUUGGGCUCAGUGACCUGAGGGUGGCAGAAGAAGUACCCAACGCUUUCAUCCUCACCAUCCAGACCAGGGGGACCUGGGAGCCCAUCAAUGUCACCAUCGUGCCUGCCUACAGGGCUCUGGGGCCUUCAGUUACCAACUCUCAGCCACCCCCUGAGGUCUACGAGGAUCUGAUCAAGGCCCGUGGGUAUGCUGGAAAUUUCUCUCCCUCCUUCAGCGAGCUACAGAGAAACUUUGUGAAACGUCGGCCAACUAAGCUGAAGAGCCUCCUACGGCUGGUAAAACAUUGGUACCAGCAGUAUGUGAAAGCCAAGUGUCCCAGAGCUAACCUGCCCCCUCUCUAUGCCCUUGAACUGCUGACCACCUAUGCCUGGGAAGUGGGUACCCAGGAGGAUAACAACUUCCACUUGGAUGAAGGCCUCACCACUGUGAUGGAAUUGCUCCAGGAAUAUGAACUCAUUUGUAUCUACUGGACCAAGUACUACACACUCCAGAACCCAGUCAUCAAGGACUUUGUCAGAAAGCAGUUCAAAAAACAGAGGCCCAUCAUCCUGGACCCGGCAGACCCCACUCACAACGUGGCAGAAGGGUACAGAUGGGACAUAGUCGCUCAGAGGGCCAGUCAGUGCCUGAAACAGUGCUGUUGCUAUGACAACAAGGACAUCCCAGUCCCCAGCUGGGCUGUGAAGACAGCGCCAGAUAUCCAGGUGAUAGUGGAGCAAUGGGGCCACUCGGAUUUGAUCCUUUGGGUGAAUCCGUAUGAGUCCGUUAAGAAGGUUAAAGAGAAAAUCCGACGGAGCCGGGGCUACGCGGGCCUGCAGCGCCUGUCCUUCCAGGAGCCGGGCGGCGAGCGGCAGCUCCUCAGCAGCCACUGCUCUCUGGCCUCCUACGGGAUCUUCUGCGACACCCGCAUCUGCCUGCUGGACACCGUCUCCCCGGAGUUCCAGGUCUUCGUGAAGAACCCGAAUGGAGAGAGCCACGCCUACGCGGUCCACCCCUUCCGCGCCAUCCUGAGCCUGAAACAGCAGAUUGAAGACCAGCAGGGGCUGCGCAGCCAGCAGCAGCAGCUGGAGUUCAAGGGUCACGUCCUGCAGGACUGGUUCGACUUUGCAUACUACGGCAUCCAAGACAGCUUCACCCUCGUCCUCUCCAAGAAGAGCGGGGAAGAGGCUCCAUUUCCGUGCAGCUAAUUUCCUCUGGGAAGUUUCUCUGCAUUUCUGACAUCUCACCAGGAGGUCAGCUUGUCCACCACUCCUUCCUGAUCUCUGCUGGAGAAGUCACAGGCCUUCACCAUCUAUCCUACCCUGCCAGUAAGAGAAAAGGAGCAGUAGGACACUGAAUAUGCAAAUGAACAAUGGCCAGACUCCAUGUGACAAUAGAAUUCUGACCUAUAACCUUCUUAAGCAACUACCUAGGAAAGCAAAC